AUGGCUAGUUCACUCGACUACGGGAAAAUCUGCGGCAGCUGCCCCCCGGGCGAUGGCUGGGGCCCCUCCGUCACCACCGAGACGACUCUCGACGGCGUGCCCUAUGCGCCCUUCUCCAAGGGCGACAAGCUCGGCCGCAUGGCCGACUGGACCACUGAGGGCAAGGACCGCGAUCGUGGCGGACGCCAGCAGUAUAACCGUAACUACAGAGUUUACGGAUCUAGUCACGCCGUCACCUUCAACGCUCCUCCCGCCGAGGACGAGUCGACCUUUUCCGUCGUCAGCAACGCCCGCGACUCUACUAAGUCGAGAUACGGCCGCGGCGCCAUCUUCACUCGUGGCCGUGGUGCCCGCGGCGGUGCCCGAGGUGAUACCCGCGGCGGGCGCGGCGGCGCUGCCGGUGGUCGCCAGGUUGGUGGUCGUCAGGGCUACGGUGGCUACGAGCGUGGUGGACGCGGUGGUGGCCGUGGUGGUGCUGGUCGUCGCUUCGGCUGGCGCGACUACGACAAGCCGGCACGCAACCGCGAUGCCAGCAUCAACAUCAAGAGCGACUGGGGCCUGCUGGAGGAGAUUGAUUAUAACCGCCUGGGCAAGCUGAACCUCGAGACUGAUGCGGGCGAGGACCUUGAGGACUACGGUUUCCUCUACUAUUACGACCGCUCGUACGACAAGCAGCCCGUCAAGGGCAGCGAGAAGAAGCUGACGGCGCUCGACCGCGCCGCCUACAACGUCACGACAUCGUCUGAUCCCGUCAUCCAAGAGCUCGCCGACAAGGACGAGGCGACCAUUUUCGCAACAGACACCAUCCUGUCUAUGCUCAUGUGCUCGACGCGCUCCGUGUACCCGUGGGACAUUGUCAUUACGCGCCAGGGCGGCAAGAUCUUCCUGGACAAGCGCGACAACGCCUCGCUCGAUAUGGUGACGGUCAACGAGAACGCCAUUGACGCGCCACUCGACGCUGCCGACGGCGGCCGCGAGGUCAUCAACCAGCCGCCCGCCCUCGCUGAGGAAGCCACGUACAUCAACCACAACUUUGUCAACCAGGUCGUGACCGAGAGCGAGACGGCCAAGGUGGCCAUGGCCAACGCCAACCCCUUCUACAACGCCUCCGAGGACACAGAUCCCCCGGCCUCGCGCGCCUACAAGUACCGCCGCUUCGAUCUCUCCACCAAUGAUGAGGAGCCCGUCUACCUCAUCGUCCGCACAGAGGUCGACGCCGUCCAGAAGAACGCCAUUAACGGCGAGGACCAGCACAUGACCAUCCGCGCCCUCAACGAGUUUGACAGCCGUGCUCAGGGUAGCGGUGGUGCCCUUGACUGGCGCGCCAAGCUUGUCUCGCAGCGCGGUGCCGUCGUCGCCACUGAGAUGAAGAACAACUCGUGCAAGCUUGCUCGCUGGACGGUGCAGAGCAUUCUGUCCAAGUCUGAUAUCAUGAAGAUUGGUUUCGUCUCCCGUGUCAACCCCCGCUCCAAUGACAAGCACGUUAUUCUCGGCGUCAUUGGCUGGAAGCCUCGCGAAUUCGCCAACCAGAUGAACUUGUCCCUCUCCAACGGCUGGGGUAUCGUCCGCACCAUUGCCGACAUGUGCUUGAAGCACGAGGGCGACGACGGCAAGUUUGUCCUGCUCAAGGACCCCAACAAGUCCAUCCUGCGCCUGUACGCCAUUCCUGCCGGCAGUCUGGACGAGGAUGAAGAGGAGGAAGACGAAGAGGCCGGUGAGGGCGGUGAGGAGAAUGAGGAGUAA